AUGUUGCCAUUCAAACGGAUCCUUCAAAAGAUUUGGGACCUAGGGAUCUCAUGGGAUGACCCCGUGCCCCAAGAACUUGUAUUCGAAUGGACGAAGUAUGUCGACGACGUGAAAGAAAUAGAAGUUCCGCGGAUGGUGGAACUAAAAUCAGAAGACGUCAACAUGGCGGUGUUCUGCGACGCAAGUUCAUACGGCUUUGGUAUUGCUGCAUAUGUAAUUGGACCGAUGAAAAAACCUGCUUUAAUCUUUGCAAAAUCACGACUGUUCCCAAGCGAAUUGAAGAAACGAUCGAGCAUCAAACUGACGAUUCCCAGAAAGGAAAUAACUUCGAUGUAUGGGGCAGCAAAAGUGGCCAAAUUUCUCAUGAAGGAACUACCACAAAUCAAGAACGUCAUCAUCUACUCAGACAGUCAAGUGGCCAUUCAACAGUUAUUACAUGAAGACGAUCAAACCAUCUAUGUAAGAAACAGAGUACGCGAACUGCAAAGCUACAGAAAGGAGAUGGAAUUUCGCUUUAUCGAUGGAAAACUCAAUCCCGCUGACAUUGCAAGUCGCGGAGCAAAAGUAACUGAGCUUAUGCACAACGAAUUAUGGUGGAAAGGACCGGAAUUUCUACUACAGGACAUCACGGAAUGGCCUUCAACAAUGGUUGUCCCAAAACUCACAGACGUUCCCACCGAGACGACGACAACAGCUACCGCGAAAUCCGACGAACCAGCCAGUCUCAUCACAAAAGACAUGGAUUGGAAGAAGCUGAUCAAUGUGACCAAACAUGUCAUCUGCUUCAUCAACAAAUGCCGCCCAGGUCGUACGCCAAUACCAGAAACUCCUCAAGAGGCGGGAAGGCGGCUCGUCAGAGCCGAGCAAGAAAUCUAUCCCCCCACCCCAAAAAUUCAAACGAGACGACGUCUCUACAAGGAUGACAUUGGCACAUGGCGAGUGGACACCAGACUGGCGAACGCAGAACGAACGGAAAAUGCAAAGAACCCCAUCUGGCUACCUGUGGAGAGUCCGCUAGCCCAAAAGAUCGUUCAAUACCAUCAUGAAAAUAACCACCACCAAUCGGCGUUGGCCGUAACAUCACUAAUAAGAGAAAACUUCUACAUCUCUUACAGGUAUGUCAAAACAAUGGUUAAGAGGUGCAUCCGAUGUCGCAUCUACAACACUCGUCCUUAA